AUGAGCCGUCACCACCCACAUCCUCCUAUUUACAUGCAUAGCAAUACAAGAGGACGACCUUCGCCACCAGCAGGCCCAGUGGCGCCCCCUAGGCCCAUUUCUCCCCCCGGUGUUGUGGCUCCCCCUGGUGGCUCGGGUAUACGAUGCUACGAGUGUAACAGUAUUGGCCCAGACACACUGUGUCCUGCCGACGGCAACCUCGUCAUCGCCUUACUCACCACUGCCGAGUGUUCUGGUAGCUGUAUUGCUAGACAAACUACGUCAAAACCAGGAGUGAUACUGCGAGGUUGUUCUGAUCAGAUCUGGACGCCUCCUGGUCAAGAUCUCCCUACGUCCGGCUGCUCGACAAUCAACGGUGAACUGAUUUGUUUCUGUUCUGAAGAUCUCUGCAACACGAUGGCCAUGGAGCCUCUGGGUGGAUCUGGUGGCAAUGUGGACAGCGGGAGGAGCGGAGGAAAUAACAACAAUAACCGGGGUGGCCAAAACAACAACAAUGGAAGGAAUAGUAACAAUGGAAGGAAUAACAAUAAUGGAAGGAAUGGUAACACUGAUGGAUAUGGCAACAAUGGAAGGAAUGGUAACCCAGGCAGGAAUGGUAACCCAGGAAGGAAUGGUAACCCAGGCAGGAGUGGUAACCCAGGGAGAAGUGGUAACCCAGGCAGGAGUGGUAACCCAGGGAAAAGUGGUUACCCAGGAAGAAGUGGUACCCCAGGCAGAAAUGGUAACCCAGGCAGGAAUGGUAACCCAGGAAGAAGUGGUUACCCAGGCAGGAAUGGUAACCCAGGCAGAAAUUGUAACCCAGGCAGGAAUUGUAACCCAGGCAGGAAUGGUAACCCAGGAAGAAGUGGUAACCCAGGAAGAAGUGGUAACCCAGGAAGAAGUGGUUACCCAGGCAGGAGUGGUAACCCAGGAAGAAGUGGUACCCCAGGAAGAAGUGGUAACCCAGGAAGAAGUGGUUACCCAGGCAGGAGUGGUAACCCAGGCAGGAGUGGUAACCCAGGAAGAAGUGGUAUCCCAGGAAGAAGUGGUAACCCAGGAAGAAGUGGUUACCCAGGCAGGAGUGGUACCCCAGGAAGAAGUGGUAACCCAGGAAGAAGUGGUAACCCAGGAAGAAGUGGUAACCCAGGAAGAAGUGGUAACCCAGGCAGGAGUGGUACCCCAGGAAGAAGUGGUAACCCAGGCAGGAGUGGUAACCCAGGAAGAAGUGGUAACCCAGGAAGAAGUGGUUACCCAGGCAGGAGUGGUACCCCAGGAAGAAGUGGUAACCCAGGCAGGAGUGGUAACCCAGGAAGAAGUGGUAACCCAGGAAGAAGUGGUAACCCAGGCAGGAGUGGUAACCCAGGAAGAAGUGGUUACCCAGGCAGGAAUGGCCGCCCAGGAAGGAAUGGUAACCCAGGCAGGAAUGGUAACAAUGGUGGAUGGAACUCUAACCAGAAUACUGGCACGAAUAACAGAAAUAAUGGCAACACCUGGGGCCAAAGAGGCCAGUCUUCACAAAGAGGUUCUCCGCCAGCUGGACCCGUCGGUCCUCCCUCUGCAGGGACGCCCCCUGGUGGCUCGGGUAUAAGUUGUUACGAGUGUAACAGCAUUGGUCCCGACACACUGUGUCCUGCCGACGGCAACCUCGUCAUCGCCUUACUCACCACUGCCGAGUGUUCUGGCAGCUGUAUUGCUAGACAAACUACGUCAAAACCAGGAGUGAUACUGCGAGGUUGUUCUGAUCAGAUCUGGACGCCUCCUGGUCAAGAUCUCCCUACGUCCGGCUGCUCGACAAUCAACGGUGAACUGAUUUGUUUCUGUUCUGAAGAUCUCUGCAACACGAUGGCCAUGGAGCCUCUGGGUGGAUCUGGUGGCAAUGUGGACAGCGGGAGGAGCGGAGGAAAUAACAACAAUAACCGGGGUGGCCAAAACAACAACAAUGGAAGGAAUAGUAACAAUGGAAGGAAUGACAAUAAUAAUGGAAGGAAUGGUAACACUGGAAGAAGUGGUAACCCAGGAAGGAAUGGUAACCCAGGAAGAAGUGGUAACCCAGGAAGAAUUGGUAACCCUGGCAGGAAUGGUAACCCAGGAAGAAGUGGUAACCCAGGCAGGAGUGGUAACCCAGGAAGAAGUGGUAACCCAGGAAGGAAUGGUAACCCAGGAAGGAGUGGUAACCCAGGCAGGAAUGGUAACCCAGGAAGGAGUGGUAACCCAGGCAGGAAUGGUAACCCAGGAAGAAGUGGUUAUCCUGGAAGAAGUGGUAACCCAGGAGGGAGUGGUAACCCAGGCAGGAAUGGUAACCCAGGAAGAAGUGGUUAUCCUGGAAGAAGUGGUAACCCAGGAAGAAGUGGUUACCCAGGCAGGAAUGGUAACCCAGGAAGAAGUGGUAACCCAGGCAGGAGUGGUAACCCAGGAAGAAGUGGUAACCCAGGCAGGAGUGGUAACCCAGGAAGAAGUGGUUACCCAGGCAGGGGUGGUAACCCAGGAAGGAAUAGUAACCCAGGCAGGAGUGGUAACCCAGGAAGAAGUGGUAACCCAGGAAGAAGUGGUAACCCAGGAAGGAAUGGCCGCCCAGGAAGGAAUGGUAACCCAGGCAGGAGUGGUAACCCAGGAAGAAGUGGUAACCCAGGAAGGAAUAGUAACCCAGGCAGGAAUGGUAACCCAGGCAGGAGUGGUAACCCAGGAAGAAGUGGUUACCCAGGAAGGAAUAGUAACCCAGGCAGGAGUGGUAACCCAGGAAGAAGUGGUAACCCAGGCAGGAGUGGUAACCCAGGAAGAAGUGGUUACCCAGGCAGGAAUGGCCGCCCAGGAAGGAAUGGUAACCCAGGCAGGAAUGGUAACAAUGGUGGAUGGAACUCUAACCAGAAUACUGGCACGAAUAACAGAAAUAAUGGCAACACCUGGGGCCAAAGAGUGAGAACAACUUUCUGUGAUGGCAAGAUUGUUGUUAUAAUCAAGGUGGUCUCUACUGGAACCAGGUGA